AUGGGAGAACGCAAAGUGCUGAACAAAUACUUUCCGCCGGAUUUCGAUCCGGCGAAGCUCCCGAAGGCCAGCCGUGUGCGGUCAGAGGACAAGCAGAUGAAGGUGCGGAUGAUGCUCCCCAUGAGCGUGCGGUGCAACACCUGCGGCACCUACAUGUACAAGGGCACCAAGUUCAACUGCCGCAUGGAGGACGUGCGCGGGGAGUCGUACCUGGGCAUCAAGAUCUUCCGCUUCUACUACCGAUGCACCGCCUGCUCCGCGGAGUUCUGCAUGAAGACCGACCCCAAGAACACAGACUACACCGUGGAGGGCGGGGCUACGCGCAACUACGAGCCCUGGCGCGACAAGGAGAAGGCCAAGCUGCAGACGGCGGCGGAGCGAGAGGAGGAGGAGCGGGGGAAUGCCAUGAAGGCUCGGCACGCACGUGUGGACACCGAGGCGGCGCUAGCGGCCCUCAGUCGCGCCCGGGAGGGCGAGGGGGAGGAGCCGCCGGACCUGGAUGAGGAGGACGAGGCAGCCGUGCGAGCCAUGCUCCUGCACCGGGCGGGAUUCGUGCGGCGGCUGUCUGACAGUGAGGAGGAGGGCAGCCCUGUGGGCCCUGGGCCGGAGGGGGGGGCGGGCGGGGGAGGGGCAGCCAGGCCGCACGCCCCCCGCCUCUCGGUGGCGGCGGCCGCCUGGGACGAGGAGGAGGAUGGCGAGGAGCCUGCGCCAGGUGGAAAGGGCGACCAGAUCGACGCUCCUUCCAGUAGCAAGAGUGGCUCUGAGCCGGCUGGCGAGCGGGCAAACGGCGCGGGCGAGGCGGCGGGGCUCGACGACUACCAGGCCCCCGCAGCCGCGCCAGCAGCAGCCAAACCCAAGGCCCCUCCGGUCAAUGAGCCUGCGACAGUCAUGCCGCGAUUUGCGGUCAAGCCAGCAGCCAUCGUGGUGAAGCGCAAGGCGCCGGAGCCAGAUGGAGAGCCUGCUGUGCCCGAGGACGUCGGCCUGCAGAGCCUUCUGGGAGGGUACGACUCCAGCGACCAUUACGAGAGCCAAUGA